AAUCUCCAACAGCAAACAGUUGAGCUCGAGAGGAGACGCGCAGCAACUUAGCGAGCGCGAGCUCGAGUGCGUGUGCGCGACCAGAAACUGCACCUGCAGCAGAGGUCUGUGCACUGAUAUUGAUUUUUAGUGCUUUUGAUGUUGUUUCUUGUGAGUCCUCGGUUCAGGAAGUGAAAGCCAUCGUAGAGAGACAGAGGAGGAGGAGGAGGGUGGGAGCAGAAGUUUUUCAGCCGGACUGAGCUCGCGUUGUUGGGAGAGGAAGGGGGGCCGAGGAUCGGCAGGAAUGUCCCAGAAGGAGAGACCCGCUUUCUACCGACAGGAGCUUAAUAAAACCAUUUGGGAGGUACCUGAGAGGUACCAGAACCUCGCUCCGGUCGGUUCGGGCGCUUAUGGAUCCGUGUGCUCGGCGUAUGACGUAAAGACGGGCCUGAAGGUCGCUGUGAAGAAGCUGUCGCGACCUUUCCAGUCCAUCAUCCACGCCAAGCGCACCUACCGAGAACUACGGCUGCUCAAGCACAUGAAACACGAGAAUGUGAUUGGCCUGUUGGAUGUUUUCACGCCUGCCAACAAUCUCGAGGAAUUUACGGACGUGUACCUGGUGACUCACCUAAUGGGCGCCGACCUCAACAACAUCGUCAAAUGCCAGAAGCUAACGGACGACCACGUGCAGUUCCUCAUCUAUCAGAUUUUGCGUGGCCUAAAGUACAUUCACUCAGCAGACAUCAUCCACAGGGACCUGAAACCCAGUAACCUGGCUGUAAAUGAAGACUGUGAGCUUAAGAUCCUGGACUUUGGCCUGGCGAGGCAUACGGACGACGAGAUGACAGGCUAUGUGGCCACGCGAUGGUAUCGUGCGCCUGAGAUCAUGCUCAACUGGAUGCACUACAACAUGACAGUGGACAUCUGGUCUGUGGGCUGCAUCAUGGCCGAGCUUCUCACUGGACGGACUCUGUUUCCUGGCACUGAUCAUGUUGAUCAGUUGAAGCUUAUCUUGAUGCUCGUCGGAACCCCAGGGCCCGAGCUCUUGAUGAAAAUAUCUUCGGAGUCUGCCAGAAACUACAUAAAAUCUUUGCCGCACAUGCCAAAGAGGAACUUCGCAGAUGUGUUCAUUGGUGCCAACCCAUUAGCUGUGGACCUGCUGGAGAAGAUGCUGGUUUUGGACACGGAUACACGGAUCACAGCCUCAGAGGCACUGGCCCACCCGUACUUCGCACAGUACCACGACCCGGACGACGAGCCUGAGGCCGAGCCGUACGACCAGAGCUUCGAGAGCCGAGAGCUGGACAUCGAGGAGUGGAAAAGGCUGACGUACGAGGAAGUCCUGAGCUUCGAGCCGCCCGUGUUUGAUGGAGAUGAGAUGGAGUCGUGAGUCUGUCCUUCCUCGCCUCCUUCAGCGACAGAAGCUGCCUCAUAACCACCAGGAAAAACACACACACACACACACACACACAUAUAUAUACACAUUUCAUUGUGAUAUUAAUGGAACAGUCUGACCAAAUACUGUUAAUGCUCAUCCAGAAUGGAAGCAGUAGCCUGGAAUUACCAUCAUGCAAAUAAGAUUUGGGGGAGGGGGGCAAUUGGUUUCUAUUAGUGUUUUAGCAUUAGCAGUUUGGUCACAAGUGCCUGUACCGUCAUUCAGUACUGGCUUCCCGAUUAUCAGAAACUAUUGACAGGUGGAGGAAAAAGAAAACACACACACACACACACUCCUCCGCUAUGGACACUGAGAAUGUAGAGUAUUACUGAGUAAUAUUUUUUUUUCUCUCUUGCUGUUUAUUAGUUCUGUUCCUUUCUAUCUGUUUCAAAUGUCGUUUUACAAUAAUAGUAGACUUUUUAUGAGAAAUAUUAUUAUUUAAAUUUGGGGGGGGGUUGGUUUUGAGGAAAGAGCAAUCAGUCUCACACGUUUUUUGUUUUUUUUUUUGGCCUGUAGUUUAUUCAUGACAGUACAGUCCCCAAUGCUUUCAGUCUGGUUCCGGCGGCCGAGAGGCAUUCUUAAAACGAGACACAUUAGUGUUUUUAGAGCUGUAAAUAAAACAUUACGCUUGUAAAUAAAGGAGAAGGAAUCAUCAAUCAGUGAAUGUAAAAUAGAUUUGCAGGAUCAUGUCUGUGUGUCAACGCUCUUUAUCUCUCUUAAACCUCAACGUUUAUCUGGUAUACGAAUCCUUACAGGGCUCCAGGCUCCCAGCUCCAGGCACAACCUUAGUGCCGGAUUUAGACACAUUUCGAGCUUGAAAUGAGCAAAAAAAUAAAAUGUGGAGCGGCUAGGGUUUUCAGGAAACCCCAUAAAACUGUUCUUCCAAAUUGUAAAAAUUUAUCUCAAGUAGCGCUUGAUGAGCAAAAGAAUGUCUGACUUCCUUCUUCUACAAGGCUCAUGGUUUAAACAUGGGAUUUUGCUAUUUAUAAAUAUGAAAAAUUCGACAGAAUUUUUUUGUCCUUUAGAUGAAAUGUGCAUCCGACUGCCUGUCUUACAGCCUGGCUCUCUGACCCCCUUUCUAGUGCUGUAUAUCUUCUUAUUUAUAUCAUUUUGCAAAGCGGUGAAUUUCAACAGGACGGACCGAGUGCUCGGUCAGUCGAACGGAUAAAUAGAUUUUCAAAUAGAGUCACAGUGGAUUGCUCCAGUAGGAUCUCCUGGGUCUCCUCAUUUUAUUUCCUCCACAGACUGAUGAUCCUCAUUUGCUGGUAUUUUGAACAGGUCUCUGUGCUGCUCGAGACCUUGUCAAUCUGAGCCAAAAAGCUGAUCCCAUUUUAGCACAGAAAGACCAACUCCAAUAACGUGGGUACAUCCCAACCCCUUAAAACUACUCUACUUAAUGGGAUGAGACGUAAAUAACUGCAUACAUGCAAGUGACCUACUAUUUUAAUAUUCCAGUGCAUGGGGUUUGGGACACAGACUUUCUUUGUUUCUUUUCUUUCUUUCUUUUUUUUUUUUUUUAACACAGUAAACCGUGCCAGCAUCUAACUUAUUAUAAUAGUAAUAUUUGUUAAGAUUAUUUCGUGUGUUUUUUUUUUUUUUCCAUGGUGUAUAUUAUUAAUUUCAUUCUGCAAUAUUCUGUUUUCAGCAUGAUUUAGCAAACGUGUGAGGGAAUGUAAGGCUGUUGUUGGUUUUUUUUUGUAUGUUUACAAAUAAUUCAUUACAAUCACAGAAGUGGUCAGUCAUACACCAGGUUAUUCUUAACCCUGUUGUUUUCUUGUGGUCUGUUUGGAAUACAAAAGGAAACACGUUGAAGUCCUUUUGUACCACUUGCUUAAUUCAUCAGUGCAAGCAGCUGACAAACCUGUAAACCACUGGUAGUACAAUAAAGGCAAUUAUUAUUUUUCAACA